AUGUCUCAAUCCGCCGUAGUCGAAAGGAAGCGCGCUUUCCUGCGUCGCCAGAAACAGAUCCUCACAAGAGGCAUCCCGCCGUCGAACCGGCUACUCAAGAUAGCGGAGCAAGGAGGGAUUCAGACCAAGGUGUUGAAUGAUAUCAUGCUUAAAGUGAAUCGCGACUUGAAGAGGCAUGGACGAGAAGUCUAUGGCAGCCAAAUGACAGACCAUGUCGUAGAGCAGAUCGAUCUUCUGUAUUGGGAAGCUGGCGAACGUGCUGUUGAAGGCUCCGACGAUGCUCGAGAAGCUGGCGAGGACGGUGACGCAUUGUACCGCGGUGACGACUUGACGCUGGAUAGCUGCAUCUCAAAGCUACCCUCCACAUGGGACAUCUCAGCAGACAACCCGCCUCAGAGCAGCGACGACAACACUAUGGAAGUAGACCAGGAUGCAUACAUGGAAGCAGUCACACGACUCCAGGAUCUUUCUGCUCGACGCCUCACUUUGCAGCAAAAGCUCACCACUUACCGUACAUUGCUUUCCUUGCUGGAGCCUUACCGGAAACCCCAGGAGAAUAUCCAGCCGAACUUGGUUGGACGAGAUGCACCACUGGCUUUGGAGCUGGCGCAGACGAGAACGCUUGCUAUACGCGUCGCUGGGAGAGUAGGUGACAGGUUUGGAGAUGUGCAGGUGCCUGCUACUGAGGAAGAGGUAGGCGAGGAAUUGCUAAAGGAUGAUAGAAAGAAGAAGGUAAACGAUGUCCUAGCCGGGUGGUAG